UCUUAUGUGCUUGACAUCCCGAAGACGGUAUCUUUGUUAAAUACGAGGCAGCGGAACUAGAGGAUUCUACAUUACCAACGGCAACACGCUCUGAGUCUAACCUUGACGAUUGGACCCACCUUAUUUCUGUCGACACGAAUUUGAACUCUGAGGCAGAGCAGCUUCAUAAUACCGCAGGUAGGAAACAAAACCAAAACCAACCUCUUCAAAAGAAUGUGCGUCCAAGGGCGACGACGCGCAGGGGUAGGAAACCAAAACGACCUCUUGCCAUUAGUACCGCUGUUCAACGAACGUCGAUUUCACAGUGAAAGAAGAAGAAGAAGAACAAAAGACCAUCUUCCUGACUUAAAAAGGCCCCUGAUAAAACAACAAGAACCUGUGAAUGUGGAUCAGUGGUGGCACAAACAUAAAGCCCGUGCACGGAAACACACAGAAUUUAGAGAUAAACUCAUGGAUGAUCUUAAGAGACCUUACUCUGAGGAAGAGUACUGGAUGCUUCUUAAACAACUUAGUGAAAAAAAACCAGUGCAAAGCCAAAGAGUUUUACGUUCGUGUACAAAAAGCUAUGACGACGACACUCGUCCUCCAAAGUCUAUUCUUGAUUACCAUGCUGAUCUUGCAAAGAGAUUAUAUUCAGUUCGUGAUGAUCAUCCCAGAGUUCUGAAUCUCCUACGUGGAUAUUUCUAUUGGAUGACAAAUUUAUCUCAAGAAGGAUCGUUUCUACCAUGGGAAGAUGCAUCAUGUCUGGAGGUGCUGCCACAAUAGGAAGGAGUCACUGCAUUUGACUUUUUGGGAGAUUUACCAUGCUUGUUACUUGGCUGUAAAACUUUGGUCCUUAGUGGACCUACAAUCAUGUUAAUUUUGUAUAUAUUUGGUCCGUAUAUUAUAUAUUCCUGCGCAAAAUGCUGCAAUUGAUUUGUAUUGCAUUGGCAUCUUUGAGUUGUACGAAGUUAUUUGAAUUUUGUUAAUAGAAAAUAGCCACAAUUUAUCCGUC